UAUCAACAACGAUGAUUGACUUUUAUUUAAUUAUCCUUUCUUGAUUAAUAUAUUUGUGAAGGAGCCUGUACAAUUUUGAAUUUUUAAGUUGAAGCGUGGCGCACGUGGGAAUGAAACAGCGACAUCUAUAUUCUGUUUAGGGCAAAAUGGCUGCUCCUGUCAAACACAGGUCGAAGUGACAGAAGGAUUUGUCGAAAAAAUAGUUUACAUAAUAACGCAACCUGCAAGCUUUUAGACACAAUUUGUACAGUGAGAUUAGUAGAUGAUCUCACUACAGACGAUGCGACUACAGCAGGAAUAGGGAGACCGGAACCCACAGCAACAAUCAGUAUGGAGAAAAGAGGAAGUGCAGAGCUUUUAAAUGCUGAGCAAAAUAAUUCAAAAAAUGCAAGCUCAGACUCACUCAAUUCGGAUAGUAAAAGCAGUUCACUCAACUCGAAGAUGGGUCAAGAAUCGGAGAGUUGGGAGAAGGCAUCACAUUCCAAGAGCUUUUCGACAAGCUCGACAUCAACUGAUAAUAAUAUUGUUUCUGCUUUAGAAGCAAAAAAAGAAAAUCAAGGAAAAAACUUGUCUGGUAGUGACACGGGGCCACCGCUUCUGAAUGGCGAAAGAGUUCAAGGGGUAGCACGAGAAGUGACGUAUUUAUGCCCUUAUUCGGGACCAGCACGAGGAGUUUUAAGUGUAACAAAUUACAAGCUUCACUUCCGGAGUAUAGAUCGCGAGACGCCAUACGUUGUUGAGGUUCCUCUAGGCGUCGUGAGCAGAAUCGAAAAAGUCGGAGGCGCUUCGAGCAGAGGAGAAAAUUCUUAUGGCAUAGAAGUCUUCUGCAAGGAUAUGAGAAACCUGAAAUUCGCGCACAAGCAGGAAAAUCAUUCCAGAAGAAAUGUCUUCGAGAAAUUGCAGCAAUAUUCGUUUCCGCUUUCGCACAAGCUGCCAUUGUUUGCUUUCGAAUAUUCUGAAACGUUUCCUGAAAACGGAUGGAAUGUAUAUGAACCAAUUGCUGAACUAAAGCGUAUGGGCGUUAACAACGAUAUGUGGAAAAUCUCUAAGAUUAAUGACUCAUACACAUUGUGCGACAGUUAUCCUGCGGUAUGGGCAGUUCCUGCUGCAGCAACGGACGAGGACCUUCAAGCGUCGGCAGCAUUUCGAAGUAGAGGUAGAUUGCCAGUGCUCUCUUGGAUCCAUCCAGAGAGUCAAGCUACGAUAACACGUUGUGCACAACCAUUAGUCGGUGUCGGCGCCAAACGUAGCAAAGAAGACGAACGAUAUGUUCAAUUAAUAAUGGACGCAAAUGCUCAGAGUCACAAACUCUUCAUAAUGGACGCGCGGCCUAUGGCAAAUGCGGUAGCAAAUAAAGCCAAGGGUGGCGGGUAUGAAAAUGAGGAUGCCUAUCAAAACGCGGAACUUGUCUUUCUGGACAUUCAUAAUAUUCAUGUAAUGCGUGAGAGUUUACGUAAGCUCAAGGAAUUGUGCUUUCCAACAAUCGACGAGACAAGAUGGCUUUCGGGUAUUGAAUCUACCGUUUGGCUUAAGCACAUCAAGUGUAUACUAGCAGGCGCCGCGAAAAUUGUUGAUAAAGUUGAGAAUCAUAAGACUUCUGUACUCGUGCAUUGUUCUGAUGGAUGGGAUAGGACUGUUCAGCUUACGGCACUUGCUAUGCUCAUGCUGGAUCCUUAUUAUAGAACUAUCAAAGGUUUUGAAGUGCUCAUAGAGAAAGAGUGGCUUAGUUUUGGGCAUAAAUUUCAGCAGAGAAUUGGUCAUGGCGAUGAACAUCACAGUGAUGCUGAUAGAUCACCGGUUUUUGUUCAAUUUAUGGACUGCGUCUGGCAGAUCAGUCAACAAUUUCCAAAUGCUUUUCAAUUUAAUGAACACUUUCUUAUUACUAUACUGGAUCAUCUUUAUUCCUGUCGUUUUGGCACUUUCCUCUUUAGCAGUGAUCGUGAACGAGUUCAAGAACAAGUAAAACAGAGAACGGUGUCUUUAUGGUCUUAUACAAAUAGUCAAUUGUCCUUGUACCAAAAUUCUCUUUAUUGGGCUGGUCCACAUUAUCAAUUGGUAUUAAUGCCAACUGCCAGUAUGAGAUAUAUAAAACCGUGGAAAAGUCUUUACUGCCGGUGGAAUCCCAGUAUGCGACAGCAGGAUCCCGUUUACCAACGAACAAGGGAACUUCUAGUCCAAAAGGAACAGCUUGAAAAACAAGUGAUGGAAUGUCGUCGCGAGCAAGCUUCGAGAGCCAACAGAUCAUUAACGUCACCUGCACCCCCUAGGUUACAUUCCCCAGUUCACUCAUAGCCCCCAGACUGAGUGAGUCUGUAUAAUGAUCUGUAGUUCUUUUUAUUUUAUUAUAUAUUUUUUUCUUGUAAAUGAGCUACUACGCUUAAGAUUCCGUUAAGCCGACCGACCUGUACACAAAAUAGCUUUGACUGAAUCAAGCUUUGCCGUGUAUAAAGCGCUUGUUGAUAAUAAUAAAAAAGAAAAGGGAGAAAUAAA